AUGAAUAAUAAUGCAUUACUAUUCUUUAGAGCAUCAAUUAUACUGGUUUCUCUUUUACUCAACGCUUUAAUUGAAGCUUUUCCUCAUGGAUACAAUAAGCAUUCAUUUCAAGCGAUAGUGCUACAACACGAAAAAGAGAUAUCCAUACAGACUACUAAAUUCUCCCCUUCUACAAUCCCUGCCGCCGAAACAGGAAAAUUCUUACAUAUAACCGAGAACGAUCUCAAUAUGGCGGGUGUAUUUGGUACUUUGCAAUCGGGAUGUGAUACGCCUUGUAAUACGUACGAGGGGACCAUGAGCUUAUUAAAGAAUAAAUUUAAGGAUCAAUUGGAUUUCGUGAUUUAUACUGGUGACACGUUGCGACAUGAUCGAGAUGAGAAAUUGCCGAGGACUCAUAAGGAGACAUUGCGAUCGCAUGAGCUUGCUGUUGAGAACUUCGGGAAAGUCUUUGAUUUGAAUAAAACACAAUUUAUUCCUACACUUGGAAAUAAUGAUUUAUUUGAUCACGAUCAAAUUAGCGGUGCUCCCAACGUUUUAUACGAAAAACUCUUAAAAAUCUGGGCGCCAUUCAAUCUCAACCUAACGGAAGACUUUAUACGUGGCGGUUACUUUCGACAUGAUCUUGAUAGAUCACAAUCAUUAUCGCGAUUUUCUCAGCCUCUCACUGUAUUAAGUUUGAACUCGAAUCUUUUCUACAAGUCGAACACAUUGGUGCGUGACUGUGAUAAAGAGGGUUCCGCGGGUGCGGUGCAGAUCGAAUGGGCAGAGCAGCAAUUAGCAAUGGUGAGAAAAGAAGGAAGAAAAGUAUAUAUUAUGCAACAUAUACCUCCGAUACAUCCUGAAGGUGAUUAUUAUCCCGAAUGCUUACAAGCGUAUGCCAAUCUAUUGGGAAAAUAUGCGGAUAUUAUAUCUGGGCAUUUUACGGGACACAUAAACAAGGAUUUACUAACAUUUCUCCUAAAAUCGAGAAAGCACAAUUACGAAUUCUACACGUUGAAAGGUGACCAACGACCUUUCCACCUUGACCAAAGGGAAAUAGUGCUAGCGUCGCCAACUGCACCGUCUCUCGUGCCUGUGAAAAACCCAGCAAUUCGUGAAUACACAUACUCUACCUCCCCAGCCUCCUUUGGAAAACUCAUCGACUACACCCAAUACUAUGCAAACGUAACAUAUGCAAACGAUGAAGGUGAAUUGAAUUGGGAAGUUGAGUAUACCGCCAGCGAGGUGUACAACAUCAAAAGUUUAUCUACACGAAACUGGAAACGCGUGUUGAAGAUGUUUAAGGAUCCUAAUUCACUUGCUUGGUCACAUUACGUGAAAUUUAUAAACGUAAGUACCCCAACUGAAUUAAUCGGGAGGGAUCAUUCACGACGUGACGUUCGCAAUUCGAGCCUAUGGUUUGUUUGCUCCGUCGAAAUUGAUAAAAUGCAAAUCUUUGUAAAAACUCUCACAGGCAAGACGAUUACCCUCGAGGUUGAAAGUUCGGAUACCAUUGACAAUGUAAAACAGAAAAUUCAAGAUAAAGAAGGAAUUCCUCCGGACCAGCAGCGCUUAAUUUUCGCUGGAAAACAGCUUGAAGAUGGUCGAACUCUCUCCGAUUACAAUAUUCAAAAGGAAUCAACCUUACAUCUUGUGCUUCGAUUACGUGGUGGUCUCAUCGAACCGUCGCUUAAAGCAUUGGCUUCGAAAUACAACUGUGAAAAAAUGAUUUGCCGUAAAUGCUAUGCGCGACUCCCCCCUCGUGCUACCAACUGCCGUAAGAAGAAGUGCGGUCAUACCAACCAAUUACGUCCCAAAAAGAAACUUAAGUAG